AUGAAGACCUUUAUCUUGAUAACAGCUUUACUUCUCUGCAGCUUCAACUGGAUAUCUAUGUCAGUUUCUCAAAAUGUGGAGGUCCAGCCAGGCGAAGAAGUCACCUUACAGUGCGCUAACAUUUCCACAAGUAAUACUGCAACAUUCUGGUUCAGACUGCGCAACGGGGCCCAGCCAAAAUGUAUCUCUGUCAUGUUUAGCAAUGAUAAAAGUCUUGCAUACUGUGAGGAAUUUGAAAGUGGACACUUUGAAAUGAGUUCCAAUAUUUCGACCACUUUCCUCAAAAUCAAAAAUGUGGCUGUAUCUGACUCUGGACUGUAUUUCUGUGGAUUUUACGCAAAUGCAAGACCACUUUUUAGAGUGAUACAUUUAAAGGUUAAAGAUGACAAAAUGGAGCUGGUGUGUGGGAUCCUGGGUGCUCUGAAUUUUUUCCUCAUAGCAGUCGUCAUUGGGCUGGUCAUUAAAAUCAAGAAACUACUCUGGCUACCGUACAUUGGUCACACCAGUGCAACCAGCCAUUUGAGUAAAAAAAAGUCUCCGCAGCUCUUAAAGUCUCUGUGUGGCCAGCAGCAGACAACAUUAUGCCCAUAUCGUGGUCUAAACCAAUCAGAGCUAGUCAAGGGCGGAACCUCUCAGAUGCCCAUGCCCAAGAUUCAGUGCCUGUGUAUUGGCAUUCCCAUCUUUAAGAGUGGUGACUGGAGGGUGUGCUCCUAUUAUAAUGGCUUCAAACUGCUCAACUUCCCUGGAAAGAUCUGCACCAGAGUACUGAAGAGGAGUCUGCUGGAGCAGCUCUUUAGCCUAUCGAAGAAAUUCAGAGGUGCCUAG